GGGGGGGGGGAAAGAGGAACCGCAACAACCACCACCUGGUUCAUUUCUCCUCCGCUACGGUCUCCCGUUCGAUUUUCCAAUAAGUUCAAGAAGUCGUCUUCGUCCUCUGCUUCAAUCCACGGCUGCAUCAUUCGGAAAGUUUCAGUCAAACCCUCACUGAAACCCAAUUCUCCUCUCACCUCUCGCAAAACCCAUCAGAGGGUCCCCCCGGAAUUCCACCGGAGCUCCGCUGAUCCUUCAAUGGGGAAAGGCGGAGGCUGCGUCCCCAGCAAGAAGAAGCGCCCUCCGCCUCCCGACGCCGACGGCGGGGUCCGGGAUGCGCCGAUCGUGGCGGAUGCCCAGACCACCGGUUCUAACCCCGCUGACGCCACCCAGCAGCCGCCGCCGCCGCCGCCACCGGCAGCCGCCAAAUUGAGGAUCUUUAUAGUGUUCUACUCGAUGUACGGGCACGUGGAGGGGUUGGCUAGGAGGAUGAAGAAGGGAAUCGACGGCGCCGAUGGGGUGGAGGGGGUCCUGUACAGGGUCCCCGAGACGCUGCCGGAGGAUGUUCUAGAGAAGAUGAGGGCGCCGCCCAAGGACGCCGGUAUCCCAGAGAUAACGGCUAAUGAGCUGGUGGCAGCCGACGGGGUCCUGUUCGGGUUCCCGACGAGGUACGGUGCAAUGGCCGCCCAGAUGAAGGCCUUCUUCGACUCCACCGGGCAGCUGUGGCGGGAGCAGAAGCUUGCAGGCAAGCCCGCCGGCUUCUUCAUCAGCACGGGGACUCAGGGCGGCGGGCAGGAGACCACUGCGUGGACAGCAAUCACCCAGUUGGCCCACCAUGGGAUGCUCUUCGUCCCAAUUGGAUACACCUUUGGUGCCGGAAUGUUCAAGAUGGAUUCUAUUCGAGGUGGGUCGCCAUAUGGUGCUGGAGUCUUUGCAGGAGAUGGGACGAGAGAGCCAAGUGAAACCGAGCUCACCCUUGCAGAGCAUCAGGGGAAGUACAUGGCCACUGUCGUGAAGAGGCUGGCCCAGGCUUGAUUACGCUUUCUCACUUAGAAAAACUGUUGAUUCCGCGCCUCUCGUUCUGUUCAUCGAUUCAUCAUUUUACAUGUUUGUUUUGUUUCGGGUUCUUUGCAAAUUAGGCAGUUGAAAAGUGCAUUGUAUUUGGUCUUGGGUUAUAUCUAUUUUUGGCUGUUGGAGUGGUUCUUCAUGUUUCCAGUAGUAUUCGACACAGGUGUACAUGACUCGAGUCCACAUUCUUGUCAAGUGUUUUUCAAGAACUAGAAAGUAAUAAUCACGUGUUUCUAUGAGCAUUUGAAAUGGUA